AUGGCGAACAAGGUCCUGAUCGCUGGUGUCUCGGCAGUGUUGGUAGUCGUGGUCUUUUUAGCCAUCUUUCUACCGGUGUAUCUCACCCAAACCGGCACAGAGGAGGAACCAAAACCUACCCAACUCACCCCUGACCAGCAGUUCUAUCGGGACGUCAAGGAUGAAGACAGAUUCGACUGCUUUCCUGACCUCGAUACUCCAGCUUCUCAAGAGCUCUGUGAGGCACGUGGUUGCUUCUGGAAGCCAGCUACAAAUGCCAAGGCUCCUCUUUGCUUCUAUCCGCUGACCUACGGCUAUCAGAUGACUAACCCACCUACAGAGACUAACCUAGGCUGGGAGGCUAGGCUUAUCCGGCUAGAGGGCAUACCUAGCCGUUAUGGUGCUGAUAUCGACAACCUCAAACUUGAGGUGGAGUUCCAGACGGACUAUCGCUUGCACUUCAAGAUAUCAGACGCAGAGAAGGCCCGAUACGAAGUUCCAAGCGAAGCAGUCAACAUCGCCAAACCGACCAAGAAGCCGACUAACCCCAUGUAUGAGGUCAGCUACAAGCAGCACCCGUUCAGUAUCCAAGUAAAACGGAGGAGCACAGGAGUGACAGUCUUUGAUUCGUCAGUGGGUGGCUUUACAUUUGAGGAUCAGUUCCUUCAGAUAUCGACUAAGCUCCCAUCUCAAUAUGUGUACGGCUUUGGUGAGCACAAUCAUAAGCGCUUUCUGCACGAUAUGGACUACAAGACUUGGACAAUGUUUACCAGGGACGUUGCACCUGUGGAUGAAUGGAAUCUGUAUGGUCAUCACCCAUAUCACAUGUGUAUUGAGAAUCGUGAUAAUAACGCCCAUAGUAUCCUCUUUCUGAACAGCAAUGCAAUGGACGUCACUCUACAGCCAACUCCAGCUCUUACCUAUCGCACUAUUGGUGGCGUUCUAGAUUUCUACAUUUUCUUCGGCCCUACGCCGGAAAACCUUGUGACACAGUACACAGAGGCAAUCGGCAGGCCAGUGAUGCCACCUUACUGGGCCUUAGGGUUCCAGCUCAGUCGAUGGAACUACAACUCAUUAAAACGUGUCAAGGAAGUCGUCAAGGAGAUGAAUGACGCACAGAUGCCCUUGGAUGUCCAGUAUGGGGAUAUCGAUUACAUGGAUCGAUGGAUGGAUUUCACUGUCAACGAAACCAGUUAUGGAACACAGAACCUGUCUGACUUUGUGGACGAGCUGCAUAGCAAGGGCAUGCGUUACAUAAUUAUUUUGGACCACUGUAUAGGAAAGGAGGAUGGCUAUCAACCAUACGACACAGGAUUACAACAGGACAUCUUCGUCAAAACCAAAGAUGGUAAUGUUCUGGAAGGGGAGGUGUGGCCUGCCACUAACGCAAGUGUGUAUCCGGACUUCACUCUUUCCGACAAAGCUGAGGCGUGGUGGACGCAUUUGUGCGAUGACUUCCACGACAAAAUUGCUUACGAUGCAUUGUGGAUUGACAUGAAUGAACCAUCCAACUUUGUGCCUGGUUCCCUAACUGGCUGUGACGAAAAUAAGAUCAAUAAUCCACCCUACCUGCCAAAUAUCCUUGGUCGUAUUAUAUGGCCAACUAACAAGCGUGGACUUUACGAGAAGACAAUUUGCAUGGACGCCCAACAAAACUGGGGAAAACACUACGACGUGCACAGCCUGUACGGCCACAGCAUGUCGCAGGUCACCCACAGAACUUUACAAACCGUUUUCCCAAACAAGCGUAGUAUGGUUCUUUCUCGAUCGACGUACGUGAGUAGCGGGGCGUAUACCGGUCACUGGCUUGGGGACAACCAGAGUCAGUGGCGGCAGCUGCCUUGGAGUAUUCCUGGUAUGCUUGAGUUUAGUCUAUUCGGCUUUGCUUACACUGGAUCUGAUAUUUGCGGUUUCUGGUUCAACACCACCCGUGAGCUGUGCCUACGAUGGAGCCAAGUCGGCGCUUUCUACCCCUUUGCUCGUAACCAUAAUGGUAGGGAUUUUAUACCUCAGCAACCAACAGCAUUUGAUCCCCAAUUUACGGCUCACGUCAAAGGAGUGCUGGAGAUUCGCUACAGAUUACUUCCAUUCCUCUACACACUGUUCUACGAGGCCAACACAAAGGGGACCACAGUUUCAAGACCAGUACUCCAUGAAUUUCCAGAGACUCUUGGUAUGAACAUUGACCGGCAGUUCCUGUGGGGACCAUCGUUCCUCAUCACGCCAGUCCUUGAUGAGGGAGAGACAACUGUUGGCGCAUACAUUCCUGACGCCAGAUGGUACGACUAUCACACACACAAGGAAGUUGAUUCGAAUUUGCGUGGCAAGACCACCACCCUGCCAGCGGACCUUUACACCAUCAACCUACACAUCAGAGGUGGCUAUGUGCUACCUGUCCAGGAACCAGCUAAUAACACCGUAUACAGUCGGAAGAAGCCAAUGGGUCUGAUGAUAGCCCUAGAUGAUGACCUGAAGGCUCGUGGGAAUCUGUUCUGGGAUGAUGGUGAAUCCAGAGACACGAUAAAGGACGAAGUAUACAUACUGGUAGAGUUUGAUGUCUCAACCCAAAAUGGAGUGGGUACCCUGAAUAUCGUGAACAUAAUCAAUAAGUACACGGAUCCAGACUCUCUAGCAUUUGAGACCAUCCAGAUAAUGGGGCUGACCACGGUUCCUUCUAAUGCCAAGGCAAACAACGUAGCAAUACCAUCCGGGAACUUCAACUAUGAUUCAACUGCAAAGGGUGUACUUAUAGUGUCCAAAAGUUUCCCUCAGUCCAGCCAGCAUCAGGACCAGCAAAUUGGAACCGGUCCAACAAUCCAAGUGGUUGGCAAGGGGGUGAUGUACAUCUUCGUGGCCUUUUUAGCCAUCUUUUUACCGGUGUAUCUCACCCAAACCGGCACAGAGGAGGAACCAAAACCUACCCAACUCACCCCAGACCAGCAGUUCUAUCGGGACGUCAAGGAUGAAGACAGAUUCGACUGCUUCCCUGAUCUGAACACUACUGCCACUAAAGAGCUCUGCGAGGCACGUGGUUGUUUCUGGAAGCCAGCUACAAAUGCCAAGGCUCCUCUUUGCUUCUAUCCGCUGACCUACGGCUAUCAGAUGACUAACCCACCUACAGAGACUAACCUAGGCUGGGAGGCUAGGCUUAUCCGGCUAGAGGGCAUACCUAGCCGUUAUGGUGCUGAUAUCGACAACCUCAAACUUGAGGUGGAGUUCCAGACGGACUAUCGCUUACACUUCAAGAUAACAGACGCAGAGAGGGCCCGAUACGAAGUUCCAAGCGAAGCAGUCAACAUCCCUAAACCGACCAAGAGGCCGUCUAAUCCGAUGUACGAGGUCAGCUACAAGCAGAACCCCUUCAGUAUCCAAGUGAAAAGGACGAGCACGGGAGUUACAGUUUUUGAUUCGUCUGUGGGUGGCUUUACAUUCGAGGAUCAGUUCCUUCAGAUAUCGACUAAGCUCCCAUCUCAAUACGUGUACGGCUUUGGUGAACACAAUCAUAAGCGCUUUCUGCACGAUGUGGACUACAAGACUUGGACAAUGUUUACCAGGGACGAAAACACAGAUCAAUUUAACGACGAUUGGAAUCUAUAUGGCCAUCACCCCUACCAUAUGUGCGUCGAGGAACGUGAAAACAACGCGCAUAGCAUACUCUUCCUUAACACCAAUGCAAUGGAUGUCACACUACAGCCAACGCCAGCCCUCACCUACCGCACCAUCGGCGGAGUUCUCGAUUUCUAUAUAUUUCUUGGACCGAAACCUGAGAAUCUCGUCUCACAGUACACAGAGGCAAUCGGCAGGCCUGUGAUGCCACCUUACUGGGCCUUGGGGUUCCAACUCAGCCGAUGGAACUACAACUCACUCGACCGUGUCAAAGAGGUUGUCAAGGAGAUGACUGACGCUCAAAUGCCCAUGGAUGUUCUCUAUGGUGACAUUGACUACAUGGACCGACUGAUGGAUUUUACGGUCAACGAAACAAGUUAUGGAAUGCAGAACCUGUCCGAUUUUGUGGACUCUCUCCAUGACAGUGGAAUGAGAUAUAUCAUCAUUCUGGACCCUGCAAUUGGUAUCGAAGAUGGCUAUGAACCGUACGACCAAGGAGUAGUGCAAGACGUCUUCAUCAGGAUGAAGAAUGGUGAAAUACUUAAAGGAAUGGUAUGGCCCCGUGUACCAGCCAGUGCCUUCCCUGACUUUACCAGUGCUGCUACGGUCGCUUGGUGGACUUCAUUAUGCGAUGACUUCCACGACAAGAUUGCCUAUGAUGCGCUUUGGAUUGAUAUGAAUGAACCCUCCAAUUUCCUUAACGGUUCUUUCACUGGCUGCGAGGACAGCAACAUCAACAGACCACCGUAUAUCCCCAAUGUUCUUGGCCGUGAUGCACCUGAACGACGUGGCCUCUACACGAGAACUAUCUGCAUGGAUUCACAACAGAGCUGGGGCAAGCACUACGACGUGCACAGCCUGUAUGGUCACAGUAUGGCUCAGGCCACGUUCCAAGCCUUGCAGACUGUCUUCCCACGAGACCGAAGCAUGAUCCUGUCUCGAUCGACGUACGUGAGUAGCGGUGCGUACACCGGUCACUGGCUGGGAGACAACCAGAGUCAGUGGCGGCAGCUGCCUUGGAGUAUUCCUGGUAUGCUGGAAUUCAGUCUCUUUGGUUUUACUUACAUUGGUGCUGACAUAUGCGGAUUCGCGUACAACACCACCCGUGAGCUAUGCCUUCGAUGGAGCCAAGUAGGCGCUUUCUACCCUUUCUCUCGAAACCACAAUGCUGCAUCUUUCAGACCGCAGCAUCCUACGUCAUUUGACAGCGAGUUUACCAACAACGUCAAACUGGUACUGGGAAUUCGCUACAAACUACUACCUUUCCUCUACACUCUAUUUUAUGAAGCUCAUACAAAGGGAACAACAGUUGCAAGACCUGUGCUACACGAGUUUCCAGAGACUCUUGGUAUGAAUAUUGACCGACAGUUUCUAUGGGGGCCAUCGUUUCUCAUCUCACCUGUCUUAGAUGAGGGUAUGACAACAGUGGAGGCGUACAUACCAAACGCUAGAUGGUACAACUAUAACGACGGCAAGGAAGUUGAUACGAAUCUACGCGGUAAGACCACCACCUUACCGGCGGAUCUGUACACCAUCAACCUACACAUCAGAGGUGGCUAUGUUCUACCUGUCCAGGAACCAGCUAAUAACACCGUAUACAGUCGAAAGAAGCCAAUGGGUCUGAUAAUAGCCCUGGAUGAUGACCUGAAGGCCCGUGGGAAUCUGUUCUGGGAUGAUGGUGAAUCCAGAGACUCCAUCACCGAACAGAAUUUCAUCUUGUCUGAAUUUAGUGUGAACACCGAAAAUGGAAAGGGGACGCUAAAUAUUGUGAACAAAAUCAGCAAGUACACCGAUCCAGACUCGCUAGCGUUCGAGACGAUCCAGAUAAUGGGGCUGACUACAGACCCUACAAGGGCCAUCUACAACGAAACCACAAUUCCUGCUGAAGACUUCAAUUAUCAUUCGGACAAUAAGGUGCUUACACUGACUCAACUGAAGCUACGAAUAUCGCAGAGUCACACGGUCAUAUGGGAACCAUAUUGUCUCUGUCUCUACACGUGCACCAGGAGACAGUCUGCACAACAAGGUUCAGUAACAGUCACCGUUAUGGCGAACAAGGUCCUGAUCGCUGGUGUCUCGGCAGUGUUGGUGGUCGUGGUCUUUUUAGCCAUCUUUCUACCGGUGUAUCUCACCCAAACUGGCACAGAGGAGGAACCAAAACCUACCCAACUCACCCCUGACCAGCAGUUCUAUCAGGAUGUCAAGGACGAGGAGAGAUUCGACUGCUUCCCUGAUCUGAACACUACUGCCACUAAAGAGCUCUGCGAGGCCCGUGGUUGUUUCUGGAAGCCAGCUACAAAUGCCAAGGCUCCUGUUUGCUUCUAUCCGCUGACCUACGGCUAUCAGAUGACUAGCCCACCUACGGAGACUAACCUAGGCUGGGAGGCUAGGCUUAUCCGGCUAGAGGGCAUACCUAGCCGUUAUGGUACUGAUAUCGACAACCUGAAACUUGAAGUGGAGUUCCAGACGGACUAUCGCCUGCGCCUUAAGAUAACAGACGCAGAGAAGGCCCGAUACGAAGUUCCAAGCGAAGCAGUCAACAUCGCCAAACCGACCAAGAAGCCGUCUAACCCCAUGUAUGAGGUCAGCUACAAGCAGCACCCGUUCAGUAUCCAAGUGAAACGGACGAGCACGGGAGUGACAGUUUUUGAUUCGUCAGUGGGUGGCUUUACAUUCGAGGAUCAGUUCCUUCAGAUAUCGACUAAGCUCCCAUCUCGAUAUGUGUACGGCUUUGGUGAACACGCUCAUAGGCGUUUCUUGCAUGAUAUGAACUACAAGAGCUGGACAAUGUUUACAAGGGAUGACGAAUGGAAUCUGUAUGGUCACCAUCCCUUCCAUAUGUGCGUCGAGGAACGUGGAAACAAUGCUCACGGCAUACUCUUUCUGAACAGCAAUGCAAUGGAGAUCAUCCUUCAGCCAACCCCGGGUCUUACAUAUCGCACCGUCGGCGGUGUCCUCGAUUUUUAUAUAUUUUUUGGACCAACACCUGAGAAUGUGGUCUCGCAGUACACAGAGGCAAUCGGCCGGCCGGUAAUGCCACCUUACUGGGCCUUGGGGUUCCAGCUCAGUCGAUGGAACUAUAACUCCCUGGACCGAGUAAAAGAAGUUGUUAAGGAGAUGACUGAUGCAGAGAUGCCAUUGGAUGUGGUUUAUGGCGACAUCGAUUACAUGGACCGAUUUAUGGACUUCACUGUGAACGAAACAAGUUAUGGAAUGCAAAAUCUUUCCAAUUUUGUGGACUAUCUCCAUGACUACGGAAUGCGGUAUAUCAUCAUAUUGGACCAUGCCAUUGGCGUUGAAGACGGCUAUGAGCCUUACGACAAAGGAAUUGAGCAGGACGUCUUCGUCAAAACAAAAGACGACGAGAUACUCCAUGGAAUGAUGUGGCCCAGAGUUAACGCUAGUGUGUUUCCAGACUUCACCAAGUCUGACACAGCCGCUUGGUGGACUGCACUUUGCGAUGACUUCCACGACAAGAUUGCUUAUGAUGCCCUGUGGAUUGACAUGAAUGAGCCUUCUAAUAUGGUCAACGGCUCUAAAACUGGCUGUGAGGAAAAUAAACUUAAUAGUCCGCCGUAUGUGCCAGACAUUCAUGGACGAACUUCAGAUAACCGUCUGGGCCUUAUCACUGAAACACUCUGCAUGGAUUCAGAACAAAGUUGGGGUCAGCAUUACAACGUGCACAGCCUGUAUGGUCAUAGCAUGUCACAGGCUACGUUCCAAGCUCUACAGACCGUUUUCCCAAACAAGCGUAGUAUGGUUCUUUCUCGAUCGACGUACGUGAGUAGUGGGGCGUAUACCGGUCACUGGCUGGGGGACAACCAAAGCUUGUGGCGGCAGUUGCCUUGGAGUAUUCCCGAUAUGCUAGAGUUCAGUCUCUUCGGUUUUGGCUACACUGGUGCUGAUAUAUGUGGUUUUCUGUUCAACACCACCCGUGAGCUGUGCCUCCGAUGGAGCCAAGUCGGUGCCUUUUAUCCUUUCUCUCGUAACCACAAUGCAAAGGACUACAGGCCGCAACAGCCCACAUCGUUCGACGAGGAAUUCACGGCUAACGUAAAAAUGGUGCUGGGGAUACGUUACAAGUUGCUUCCAUUCCUCUACACGCUGUUCUACGAGGCGAACACGAAUGGGGCCACGGUAGCAAGACCUGUAUUGCACGAGUUUCCAGAAACUCGUGGAAUGAACAUUGACCGGCAGUUCCUGUGGGGCCCGUCGUUCCUCAUUACACCAGUACUAGAUGAGGGUAUGACAACCGUUGAGGCGUACAUCCCAAAUGCCAGAUGGUUUAACUAUUAUGACGGACGGGAAGUUGAUUCCAAUUUGCGUGGCAAGACCACCACCCUGCCAGCGGAUCUGUACACCAUCAACCUACACAUCAGAGGUGGCUAUGUGCUACCCUUCCAGGAACCAGCUAAUAACACAGUCAACAGUCGGAAGAAGCCAAUGGGUCUGAUGAUAGCCCUAGAUGAUGACCUGAAGGCCCGUGGGAAUCUGUUCUGGGAUGAUGGUGAAUCCAGAGACACUGUCAGUCGAGAGAAAUUCACAUUGACCGAAUUUGGUGUCGUGACUGAGAAUGGAUUGGGUACCCUUGCGAUUGACAAUAUAGUCAACAAGUACACUGAUCCAUACUCGCUAGCAUUUGAGACCAUCCAGAUAAUGGGGCUGACUACAGUCCCUACGAAGGCCACCUACAACGGGACCCCAAUUCCAGCCGGAGACUUCAACUUCAGUUCAGCCACUAAGGUGCUUACAUUGACUGGACUGAAACUGUCGAUCUCAGAGAGCCACGUCGUCGUCUGGGAACCGUAGCUCGCUUAUCGUCUCAAGGAUCAUUAUUCGGAUCACAGAGCAUAAUCAAAGUAGUCUGAAGUCAUUCAACAAAAUCGCCCUUUGGUUGGUUUUCCAGUUUUACCUCAAUUUCGUGUACUUCCCUACUAAAUAUUAGAGAGGAUUGUUUAUUUAGUAUUUAGAAAUACAUGGUAGGAAUACGUGUAUUCCAAUAGCUGCUUUGGAUUUUUAAUACUUUUUGAAUUAUCGUUUUACUGACGGCCAGCCAUAAAAGCUUAGCAGCCACUUGUAUGAAAAAUACAACUAUGACGUGAAAAGACCGGAUAGACCCCAUGGUAGUAAGGGUGACAUCUGAAGGGAAAACCUCUUUUAAUGGAAGUCAAAACUCACCGGAUGCUCUGCUCAAACGUAAAUUAAUAUGCUUUGACUGCUUGGUUUGGGAAACCAAUUAACCAUUCUCAAAAUUAUGUAUGUAAAUUAUAUAUUAAUUAUGUAUGUAUUAAUUAUACUCGAGCCCGUCCUGUUUGCAUUGUACACAAGAAUCCCGACAUCUCAAGCGGGCUAAAAUUCGUUUUCGUUAAAUUUUAUUUGACAAAAUUGUACAGAACAAUGAGCAAAUAAAAUAGUAAUUGC